AUGGACAUUCCUGUGCUGUUGCGACAGUCUGUCACGCCACUUCAGCGGCGCCGGGGGGAGGCGGAGCCGGAGGAGGAGGAGGACGAGGACGAGGAGGACUUAGAGGAGGAGGAGGAGGAGAUGCGGCAGCUGAUGCAGCAGCAGCAGCAGCAGCACGUGCGGCCGCUAAAGCCGAAGAAAACCGUUGACCGCAUGGCUUUUGCGCUGCUGCCCUUUUUGCUGCCAGCGCUGUGCUGGGGUCCCGAGCCAGAAGGGACCAGUGAUGGGUUGCCACGUCUCCCCAACGAACAGUAG